AUUUUAUUUUUUGAUUUAAAACUACGCGCAUUUCAUUUCAUUUCUUUUCUUUUGCACAAUUCAAAAUGUCGUCAGUACCUGCUAAUUCACUUGCACAAGUAGCUAGUAUACUUGAUCCCAAUACAACCGUUUCAAUUAAUGAUAAAAUAUCUACGCUUCGAACAUUUGCUUCCACACUAAAUGACAGUUUGACUAUGGAACGAUCAGUCGAGAUUUUAAACAAAAUUCCUUUGGGUUUAUUUUAUAAUGGAUUUUCGGUUGAAAAUGACCAAUUAACGAUUAUUUUAUGUGAAUUGAUCAAUAAAAUUCUACAUCCUUUUUCGUAUGCAAUGAUUGUGUCUUCUGAAAACAAGCCAUUCUUAAUACAAGGUUUAACUCAUUUUACACCUGAAAUUCGAUAUUUGUCUUUAAAUCAAGUGUUUAAAUGUUUGUCAUCAGAUGCUAGUCUGACAAACAUGUUGGAAUCCGAUAUUUUCCCUUUGGUGGUUGCGUCCAUUGCAUUCCAAGAUACUAAAACAGCUAAUAAGGCAUGUGAUUUAUUAUAUAAAAUGGCUUCUACAAAAAUCGGGCAAAAUGCAUUCUUUAAUGGUACUUGCAUUACCAUGUUGAAACAACUUUUAAAGAUCAAUGGUACAGUUAGUUUCCGAGUUUAUGACUUGAUCAUUAAAGUGGCAAUUCUGUCAGAUGAAACAUUUGAACGUUGUGAAUCAUCAGGUCUUUUGACUGAUUUUAUUCAAGAACUUGAAUCAGAUGAUCUUUUAAUUAAAAUUAACGCUAUGGAAUUAUUGAAUGAGAUUGCAGUUACUUCUUCAGGAAUCACAUUCUUAGAAAAAGCCAAUUUAUUAUCGAAUAUUUCUGCUGUUUUAGAUAACGAAGAUGAUUCAGAUAUUGCUGUUCAGCUAGUGAAAUGUGCAGUACUUAAAUUUAUAGGACAUCUUGGUGCAAAUGAGACAAUUGAUUUUGGAGCAUUAUCAGAAAGAUAUCAAUUAUUAGAAAGAAUUGAAAAAUGUCUUGACAGUUCAAAUAUUGAAAUUUUGAUUGUUAGUUUAUCUACUGUUGGGCUUGUUGGAUCACAUGUUAAUGGCCUAAAGCUGAUUUCACAAAAAAAUUCACUGCUAACAAAAUUCUUUGAAAACCAAACUUCUGUGGGUCAGGUAAAAGCUGUAUUUCUUCAAAGUCUUUCAAAAUUACUCUUGGUUAGAAAUCAAAACGAUAAAGAAAUUGAAACAUUGACGUUAUCAUACUAUAACCGACUUGAAGGUCAACCAUCUGCUUUAUUGAGUUUAAUUAAGGAGGCUAAACAGCCAGAAGAUCAUAUUCGUAUUGCAGCAUUUGCUGUUAUGCAGGCUAUUGCAUGUCAUAUUUGGGGUAGUGAGAUGAUGGCGCAAUCCAACGAAUUUAUGAAUUAUAUUUUAAACCGAACAACUGAAUAUACCGAGCAAGGACAGUCUUGGAAAUAUGCUAUUAUUCAAACAUUAGCUAGUGCACCAAAUGCUGUUCAAUUAUUUAGUCAUCAUAGUUAUUAUACUCAGCUUCAAGUGUACAUUCGACAGGGUGCUCAUUAUCGUAUAAUUGAGCCAGUAGCAGCUGUUGAAAAUAGUUAAAAACAGAAAAAAGAAAAUAAAAAAAACAGGAGAACAUAUCAUAAGCUCUUCCCCUUUAUUACAUUUAAUGCCUUUGAAUCAUUAUCCUUCUCUCUCUCUCUCUCUCUUUUUUUUUGUUUUUCUUCUAUUUUUUCUUCUAAUUUUAAAUGCUAUAUGGAUAAUGAAAGAUUUGUUGAAUUUCCCUUCUUUAUCUUCAUUUACUAUUACAUCAGCUAAUAAGCAACCUUCCUUUUU